AUGCGGAGCGCGCCGAGCCGGUGCGUCGUGGCCCGCGCCCUGGUGCUGGCUGGCCUCUGGCUGGCCACGGCCGGGCGCCCCCUAUCCUCGGACGCCGGGCCGCACGUGCGCUACGGCUGGGGGGAGCCCGUCCGCCUGCGGCACCUGUACGCCGCCGGGCCCCAGGGCCUCUCCAGCUGUUUUCUCCGCAUCCGCGCCGAGGGUGCAGUGGACUGCGCGCGGGGCCAGAGCGUGCACAGUUUGGUGGAGAUUAAGGCUGUGGCGCUGCGGACCGUGGCCAUCAGGGGGGUGCACAGCGCUCGGUACCUCUGCAUGGGCGCAGACGGCAGGAUGCAUGGGCUGCCUCAGUUCUCCGACGAGGACUGCGCCUUUGAGGAGGAGGUCCGGCCGGACGGCUACAACGUCUACCUGUCCAAGAAGUACCGGCUCCCGGUCUCCCUGAGCAGCCCCAAGCAGCGGCAGCUGCACCGAGGCAGGGGCUCCCUGCCCCUGUCCCACUUCCUGCCCAUGCUGCCCCCCAGCCCGGCGCAGCGGGGCAACAGCCAGGGGCCCUCAGAGGCGGAAGCCCUCUCGCCGCUGGAGACGGACAGCAUGGACCCCUUCGGGAUCGCCGCCGGGCUGGGGAGGGUGCGGAGCCCCAGCUUUCAGCAGUGA